AUGUCCCUCCUUGGUCUGGCACACUCGCGCAACGACGACGCCGACAUAGCUGCGAAGUACGACCACCAGAUUGAGCUUGUAGACCACACCAAGCCCGACGAUGGCGACAGGACGCCCAGCGAAAUAUCGUCCGGCACCCAGACGCCGCUCUCGCCCAAGCCCUCCCGCCGUCUGAACCGUGCCUCCAUACGGGAAGAUCUCGCCAAACGUGGGCUUGCCCGCCAGAAAUACGCAAGAUGGCAGCAGGACAGAUUCGUAUCGGUGGACGAAGUCAGUGGGUCUGGGUCUGGGGACACGUCCUUGAUACAAAUCGACACCAAGGCUUCUGGGCUCCGAUCCGAAGAGGGCGACGCCAACAGCAAAGACAGCGGUCCAAUUUCGCGGAAGAAGAGCAAGCUGGAGCGCGGCAAGAAGCGCGUGAAAGGGCUCGUCAACUCCAAGAAGAUCAUCAAGCAAUCCAAGGAGGAGGAUGCUGUUGUCGACCAGCUCUAUGAGAACCAACGCGGUUCGUUCUUCUUCGGCAUACCCUUGUUCUCGUCCAAGUCGCUGCUCAAUUUCGACCCAUCGCCCUGGGUUGACGGCAGACACAAGCCGGUGCAUGUCAACAUCACAAACGCCGCUGUGCCUGAUCCAAGCUGGGAAUGGGCAUGGCCGUCAUGGUAUGUGGACAUGUCCCAGGAUGUCGACGAGGAAGGUUGGCAGUACUCGUUCUCCUUCCGCCAUGGCUUUGCAUGGCAUGGCACCCAUCCAUGGUUCCAUUCGUUCGUGAGGCGACGGCGUUGGCUAAGAAAGCGCGUUCGCAAACAUGCCACUCUCAGAAGCCAGCCCGAUCCCAAGCAUAUCAGUGAUGCCCAUAUGCUCAACUCUGAGUAUUUCACCAUACAUCCUCCGAAGAAGACAUCAAACCAUGGCAGUGAAAGCCUUGCGCGGGCAAAUCCUUUAACCCGCCUCGACAGCCAAGACAGGUUUGAUCAAGAGGACGAGAUCAGCGACGUCUCACGGCUGCUUAGACGGCUGAAGAAAGCAUCCGUUGACCGCGAAAAGAUCCUGCUCGUGCGCCGCUUCCUUGAUGAAGGCGGUGAGGAGCUGUACUAUCUUUCGGAACAGAUGCCAACCAUCAUGUCCCUUCUAGUAUAUCAAUCAUCCCGACGCUAUCUGCUCACAGUAUUGUUUCGACGCUUCGAAGCUGCAUCGGCGCACCGCGAAGCUCACCAGGAGCGAGACCAACGGGAAUCUUCUCCAGAAACACGCAAGAUCGACAACCUCGUGAGAGCAUUGAACGCAGCCGAUGAGGAGUGCCGGAAGCUCGAAUACUGGAGCGAUAUACGCCGCAUCGCCCAGCGCGGUGAAUCUUUGGGUGCUGUCGACGCAAGUCAAGGCUGGGGCCAUGGUUGGGAAGGCUUAGACGAUACUGGACCCGCCGAAGCAGACGAAUCAGGCGCAGAGAAAUUCAAGGAAGAUGGCACCCCUUCUAAAACGGAUUCCGAUGACGAACCAGAGAAAGACCAAGAAAAAGCUGUCCAAUCUAAUGGCCGGAGAGACUCUGGCUCGGAUGCGGAACAAGACGAGAAUGGGCAUGCAGAUGGUGCUAAGGACAAAGGCAAGGGUAAGGCGGAGCUUUAA